AUGUCAGCUUCUGCAGGCCCCUCUACUCCCUCGAAGAAGCGCUCCAAAUGGGAAGACGGCGACGACGACGAACUGGACCAUGGGCAACCCCAAAUUCAUCCACAGAAACGCCGGGUCAAAGCCAAGUCGUCUAGCACACCAGCUCAGGAUUCCGGUCGCGGCACAACCACCGCUGCAGACCAUGGUCACUCCCUGUCGAAACGUUCUCGGAGUGUCUACGUUCCGGAACGAACUCGGCAUCCAGCUAUCCAGUCCUCCCGCUCAGUCAGUUGCUAUGAACGGCUAAACCAAAUCGAAGAAGGCUCCUACGGCGUCGUCUUUCGAGCGAGAGACAGGCAAACUGGUGAUAUUGUCGCACUCAAAAAGCUUAAGCUCGACGAAGAGAAGAACGGAUUUCCUAUCACUGCUUUACGCGAAAUCUACGCCCUUAUGACCUGCCAACACGAAAACGUAGUUCGCAUUCGCGAGGUGGUGCUUCCCCCUCCUCUUUCAACUGAUGCGCCCUCUGCUCUACAUCUCGCCUCAAUUCGUCUCAUCCCGCCUUCCCUCGACGAAGAGUUCAAGACACUUAUGAUGCAGCUACUGUCCGCAGUGCACCAUUGUCACCAAAACUGGAUCUUGCACAGGGACCUUAAGACUAGCAACUUGCUCAUGAACAACCGCGGGACGAUCAAAGUCGCGGAUUUCGGGCUCGCUAGGCGAUACGGUGACCCUGUUGGAUUGGGCGGUCUUACCCAGCUCGUUGUGACUCUGUGGUAUCGGGCUCCUGAAAUCCUUCUCGGCGCUACUGAAUACUCUACAGCAGUCGACAUGUGGUCUGUUGGCUGCAUAUUUGCCGAGCUACUCCUCAAGGAGCCCCUCUUUCAAGCCAAGGGAGAACUGGAACUGAUAUCUAUGAUCUUCAAAUUGCUUGGUCCACCGACGAAGAACUCGUGGCCAGAGUAUUUCGACCUCCCCAUGGCGAAAACGAUAGCCUUGCCUUCACCACAGCCGCACCAGUUCAGAUCCAAGUUUCCGUAUCUUACGACGAACGGGUUGGAUUUGUUAAUGUGCUUGUUGACCUACGAUCCAGAGCGAAGGAUUACUGCCGAAGAAGCUUUACAACAUCCCUAUUUCACCGAGUCUCCUCUACCCAAACACCCUGACCUCUUUGGAUCUUUCCCCUCCGUUGCUGCAGGAGAAAAGCGCCGUGUCGUACCGGACAGUCCGUCGGCCCCUGCCAGGGCUGCCAAUUACAAGAUGAUAACAGAAUUCGAUAUCCCAUAA